AUGUCUUCGAACGAGAAGGACGUAGCGGCCCCGGCCGCUGCGCACGUUGGCGACCUCGCGACCACCCAGGAUGUCGAGCGCAUCGAGGCCCCCGUUACCUGGAAGGCGUACCUGAUUUGCGCCUUCGCGUCGUUUGGUGGUAUUUUCUUCGGCUACGACUCCGGUUACAUCAACGGUGUUCUCGGCGCCCGCAUCUUCAUCGACGCCGUCGAGUACGUCGGCGCCAAGGAGGUUAACGAAUCGCACACCUCCUUGAUCGUCUCUAUUCUCUCCUGUGGUACUUUCUUCGGCGCCCUCAUCGCCGGUGACCUCGCUGAAUUCAUCGGGCGCAAGUGGACUGUCAUUCUCGGCUGCUUCAUCUACAUGAUCGGUGUGAUAAUCCAGAUGAUCACUGGUCUGGGAGAUGAGCUUGGUGCCAUUGUCGCUGGUCGUCUCAUUGCCGGUGUCGGUGUCGGUUUUGAGUCUGCCAUUGUCAUUCUGUACAUGUCUGAGAUUUGCCCCCGCAAGGUUCGUGGUGCCCUGGUCGCCGGUUACCAAUUCUGCAUCACCAUCGGCCUCAUGCUUGCGGCCUGCGUCGUGUAUGCCACCGAAGGCCGCACCGACACUGGCUCGUACCGCAUUCCGAUCGCCAUCCAGUUCGCCUGGGCCAUCAUCCUCGGCGGUGGUCUCUUUUUCCUGCCCGACUCCCCGCGUUACUUCGUCAAGAAGGGUAACCUUGCUGCCGCCACCGAGUCUCUCUCCCGCCUUCGUGGCCAGCCCAAGGAGUCCGAGUACAUCCAGGUCGAACUUGCCGAGAUCGUCGCCAACGAGGAGUACGAGCGUCAGCUCAUCCCCUCCACCACCUGGUUCGGCAGCUGGGCCAACUGCUUCAAGGGCUCCGUCUUCAAGGCCAACUCCAACCUGCGCAAGACCAUCCUCGGUACUUCUAUGCAGAUGAUGCAGCAGUGGACCGGUGUCAACUUCAUCUUCUACUACUCGACUCCCUUCCUCAAGUCGACUGGCGCGAUCUCCAACACCUUCCUCAUCUCCAUGGUUUUCACCAUCAUCAAUGUGUGCUCGACCCCGAUCUCGUUCUACACUGUCGAGAAGUUCGGCCGCCGCACCAUCCUCUUCUGGGGUGCUCUCGGCAUGUUGAUCUGCCAAUUCCUCGUCGCCAUCAUUGGUGUCACCGUUGGCUUCAACCACACCCACCUUCUCGACCCCACUGACACCGACAGCGCGGUCGCCGACAACGUCUCUGCCGUCAACGCCCAGAUCGCCUUCAUUGCCAUCUUCAUCUUCUUCUUCGCGUCGACCUGGGGUCCCGGUGCCUGGAUCGUCAUCGGCGAGAUCUUCCCGCUGCCCAUCCGCGCCCGUGGUGUUGGUCUCUCGACUGCGUCCAACUGGCUCUGGAACACCAUCAUUGCCGUCAUUACUCCUUACAUGGUCGGCGAGAAGCGCGGCAACCUCAAGUCGUCCGUCUUCUUCGUGUGGGGCGCUCUUUGCACGGGUGCUUUCAUCUACACUUACUUCCUUGUGCCCGAGACCAAGGGUCUCUCGCUCGAGCAGGUCGACAAGAUGAUGGAGGAGACUACCCCGCGUACCUCGGCCAAGUGGAAGCCUACCUCCACCUUUGCCGGCCACCACGCGUCGGACGAGGCUUACCUCAAGCCCCAGGGCGAGGCGGCUGUGUAA